CUCGUCGCUGCCGAUAUUGACACGGCUGCAAACAGGUCAUAUCUUGCAGUCAAUCACCAGAUGGGCUUCCAGAUCCCAUAAAGUUGUCUCGUAACCGUGACAGGAUGAUGUGGCGGGUUCGAUAGUCCCUUGUUUCAGGUGACCCUCAUCAUGGCACGCGAGUAUCAAGAGCAGCGACUCCGAUGUCCCUUCUGUGCAUUCGGCAGUCUUGACUUUGACAAGUUGGAUGAUCAUGUUCAAAAAGUUCAUGCUAAUCAACAACAUGGGGAUGACAUGGGAGCACGUCCCGACACAAAUCAGCUGAGCGACUUCGAACUUGCUCAGCUUCUUGCUUUCGAGGAAGCUGGACUCCCUUCCGAACUUGCGUUACCAGACCGGCCCGUCGUUCCUGCUAUCAAUGGCACGAGAAAUGUGGAAGGAACAACACCGUCUAGCCCCCCUUCAUCCUCUGCGCAUGGCAACGAUGAUGGACAAUGGGUGGAGUGCGUAUGCGGCGAACGUGUCCACUGCCUUGAGCUCGAUGCACACGCCGACAUGCAUGCCCAGGAAAAGCUUUCCAUUGGGGAAGACGACUUGCCCUCUGUGGAGCUGGCUACCCAGCUGUCUGCCAACCACCAACCUCUAAGAGAUGUCUCUGAUUCUUUUAGCACGAAUAUCCCCAGAUCACUGCGAAAUCACGAUCAAUUACAGCCAAAGACACCUCCAAGCAACGGCAGAAGACGGAUUCCAUCACUUAAGGAGGUCUUUCUGGGUAGUCCGUCGUCUCCAAAGAGAAAGUCUGCCUACAGUGGUGUAUCCGCACAACAAGGGAAGACACGGCGUUUAGGGAGAGCAGAACUGGGUCCAUAUGCACACGAGCAUCAGAUGCCAAGUUGGUUACGUCGAAUGUUGGAAGAAGGAGCCAAGGUCACCGUCACUAACAGGAUUGGACCUGAUGGUGCCUUGGUACGGGUCGAGACCAUUGCCAAUGAAACACCAGAUCUCGUCCCCGUCCUUGCGCGUCUUUCUCAGCUUGAUAAAACGGUGGAACGAGCAUUCUAUUGCAAUCCUGAAGUGCGGCAUGUAUGCAAAAUGCCAAGAGAAGGAGGGUUCUGUGGUUACCGCAAUAUCCAGAUGCUGAUAUCUUACAUCCGCGGUGCUCGUGUCAGUGGAAGCAAACAUUUUCGUGAACGACUGCCUUCAAUCUUGCGAGUCCAAGACCUGAUCGAGGAAGCCUGGGACAAGGGUAUCAACUCAACCGGGCGGGUAGAGACAGGGGGCAUUCGGCUAACUCGAAAGUACAUCGGCACUCCCGAAGCGCAGGCAUUGUUCACGAGUCUCAACAUCCCCUGCGAAGCAACUGCCUACACAAGCACAGGCGAUGUUGACGCGGCGGACAUUAUGCUUUGCGCGGUCUGUGAAUAUUUUGAUGACGAUAAGACGAAGGACAAUGUGGACAAAGUGGUCAUCACCGAGAAACCACCAAUAUACUUCCAGCAUCAGGGCCACUCCAUGACAAUCGUUGGUGUCGAAAGCAGGGUGGAUGGCGGUGUGAAUUUGGUUGUGUUUGAUCCUAUGUUCAAUCCGAGUCCUGCUCUGAAGAAGCUUGCCAUGGCUCCUAACACGUCGCCUAAGGGGUCGACACCGGAAAAGCUAUUGAAAGCGCAUCGACGAGGAGAAAAAUACCUUGAGAAGUAUCGUGACUUUGAACUGCUGAAGCUGAAAUGAGGGCGGGCUCUAGAUGGGAAGCAGGACAUUGUGUGGGCGUCAAGAAUAUCAUUCCAAGCUAGCAUGGGUCAUGGCGUAUCUCUUUUCAUUGCAUAGCGUUAGGCGCAGGAGGAUUCAUAGAUAUACUGCAUGGUUUCAUCUGCAUAUGGUCAAUGGUGUUACAUCCUGGAUAAACAUCUUAUGAGCAAGGCUAUGUAUGUCACCCUG